GAGUGGUGGCCCAGGGACAGUGGAGCCCCGUCUCCACAGUCCAGCGUGUCCUGGGGCUCCCACGGAGGAAAGGGUGUCUUUGGAUCUCUGCUUUGCCAGCAGAGAGUACGUCCACGCCUACAUCUUUCCGUUGAAGUGAGACGCCAUGGAGAACAGAGUGUGGGAGUCACCUGCUGCAGAAGUUUCCUCAUCUUUUGUGAUCCUCUCUGUGUGCAGUUUCAUUAUAUUAAUCGUGUUGAUUGCAAAUUGUGUAUCCUGCUGUAAAGAUCCAGAAAUAGACUUUAAGGAAUUUGAGGAUAAUUUUGAUGAUGAGAUAGAUUUCACACCACCAGCAGAAGAUACUCCCUCUGUUCAGUCCCCAGCAGAAGUGUUCACACUUUCAGUACCAAAUGUUUCACUCCCAGCUCCAUCCCAAUUCCAGCCUUCUGUAGAAGGUUUGAAGUCUCAAGUUGCCCGCCACAGUCUGAGCUAUAUACAGGAAAUUGGAAAUGGGUGGUUUGGAAAGGUCCUCCUUGGAGAGAUUUACACAGGCACUAGUGUAGCAAGAGUAAUAGUGAAGGAGUUAAAAGCAAGUGCAAGCCCAAAGGAACAAGAUACUUUUUUGAAAAAUGGAGAACCUUAUUAUAUUCUUCAGCAUCCAAAUAUUCUUCAGUGUGUUGGACAGUGUGUAGAAGCAAUUCCUUAUCUUCUGGUGUUUGAGUUCUGUGACCUGGGCGAUCUGAAAGCUUACCUGCGCAACGAGCACGAGCACAUGCGGGGGGACUCGCAGACCAUGCUGCUGCAGCGGAUGGCGUGUGAGAUCGCCGCGGGGCUGGCCGCCAUGCACAAGCUGCACUUCCUGCACAGUGACCUAGCCUUGCGGAAUUGUUUCCUUACCUCGGACUUAAAUGUGAAAGUGGGAGACUAUGGAAUAGGAUUCAGCAGGUACAAGGAGGAUUAUAUUGAAACAGAUGAUAAAAAAGUUCUCCCUCUGCGAUGGACUGCUCCAGAAUUAGUAACCAGCUUUCAAGACAGAAUACUAACUGCAGAGCAAACUAAGUAUAGUAACAUUUGGUCCCUGGGUGUGACACUUUGGGAACUUUUUGAUAAUGCUGCUCAACCGUAUUCCAACCUUUCCAACUUGGAUGUUCUUAGCCAGGUCAUUCGAGAGAGAGACACGAAACUUCCCAAGCCCCAGCUGGAGCAGCCGUAUUCUGAUAGAUGGUAUGAAGUUUUACAGUUCUGUUGGUUGUCACCAGACAAGAGACCAGCGGCUGAAGAUGUGCACAGACUGCUCACCUACCUGCGCAUGCAAAGCCAAAGGGACUCGGAAGUCGACUUUGAACAGCAGUGGAAUGCUCUUAAACCGAAUACAAACAGCAGAGACACUUCCAAUAGUGCUGCGUUCCCGAUCCUCGACCAUUUUGCCAGGGAUCGGCUCGGUCGUGAAAUGGAGGAAGUCCUCACUGUGACAGAAACCAGCCAGGGCCUGAGCUUCGAGUACGUGUGGGAGGCAGCUAAGCACGACCACUUUGACGAACACAGCCGGGGCCCCCCAGACGAAGCCUUGUCCUACACGAGCAUCUUCUUCCCGGUUGAAGUGUUUGAGAGUUCACUUUCAGACCCUGGGCCUGGGAAACAAGACGCCAGUGGCCAGGACGUCCCUGUGAGAGCCCCUGGCGUAGUGCCCGUUUUUGAUGCCCACAACCUUUCUGUUGGAAGCGACUAUUACAUCCAAUUAGAGGAAAAAAGUGGUAGCAACUUGGAGCUCGAUUACCCACCUGCACUGGUAACAACUGAAAUGGAGAAUCCAGGAAGGACAGGUGACAAGACGCCCCAGUUUCUGACACUCAGGAACCUUGAGUUUGAGGAGUCCAGUACAGAUGAAGAUUUCUUCCAAAGCAGUACAGACCCCAAAGAUACCAGCAUCCCUGAGGACAUGCGUGCUACCAGGGGCCCUGAGAGCCCUUUCAAUGAUAUGUUUAAUGACCUUGACAAAUCGGAGGAUCUGCCCAGUCACCAAAAAAUAUUUGACUUAAUGGAACUAAAUGGAGUUCAAGCUGACUUUAAGCCAACCACUUUAAGUUCAAGUUUGGAUGACCCCAAAGACUCAGUAAUAACAGGCCACUUUGAGAAAGAAAAGCCCCAUAAGCUUUUUGACUAUGAGCCUCUUUGCUUAUCAGAAAACCUUAUGCACCAAGAUAAUUUUGAUCCACUGAAUGUACAAGAAUUGUCAGAAAACUUUUUAUUUCUUCAAGAAAAAAACUUACUGAAAGACUCAUUGUGUCGCAAAGAACAUAUAAAUGAUCUUCAAACAGAACUUAAAAAUGCUGGUUUUAUGGAAACUAUAUUAGAAACUCCACAUGGAAACACUUUAGAUCCUGAGCUUCAGUUUGCUGAAAACGAACCGGGCUUUUCUCCGUUGCAGGAAAACGGAAGCGCAGAGGGGCGGGAGCCGGGGGCUGUGUUCGAGGACCGCACUCUGCGCGCCUCAUUGCCGUCUUCCCUGGAGGGGCAGGCGCCUCCUGCCUCGCUCGGAAUGGCGGGAACCCCUCACAGAGUGCCUCCAGGUGUGUUCCCGAAGCAGGGAGAAGCCAUGCCCAGGCAUUUAGAUGGCAGUAGCCACGAUGACUGUCGCUGCCAAGAAGCAAGUGUAGAUUCUGUAACUGUCCCAGUUGAAAUUCCCUCUGCUGGUCCCAGAACACACGGCGUGGGCCAUGGGUCCCACGACCUGACUCACCAAAAUGGGGAGGCUUCAAGAUGGACCCCGAGUGACCCUGUUCCUGUUGAUGACAUUUUUGCCAGUGAAAUGAGUACAGGGAGUAGUCUUCCCGAACUGAAACAGAACCUGCAAAAUCAGCCGCUUUCAGAAGACCAUCCCAGUAAUAGGCUACUAGAGAAAAACUCCGAAACCGUGGACACUCUGAAUCAGCUCAGUUGUAAAGAUGCUACCAAUGAGGGGGGCUUGGUGUCUGCUCUUUCCUCGGACUCUACCAGUCAGGACAGCCUUUUAGACGAUAGCUUGUCAACACCCAUUCCAACUUCAGACCAGUCGGCGGAGACCCCAGACUCUCUGGACUCAGUGGAUGUCCAUGAGGCCCUGCUGGGUUCCUCAGGCUCUCACGCCCCACAGAAACUCUUGCCCCCGGACAAGCCUGCAGAUAGUGGGUACGAGACAGAGAACUUGGAGUCACCUGAAUGGACUCUGCACCCUGCUCCCGACGGUGCUUCAGCCUCGGACAUGGCCACAGCAGGCGACAGAGGUCAUGGCGAGUUGCCCCCCAACCCUGUCAUCGUCAUCUCAGAUGCAGCCGAUGGCCACAGAAGUACUGAUGCGACCUCGCAGACUUUUGCACCUGGCUCUCACAGCUCAUACCGAGACUCCGCUUACUUCUCAGAUAAUGAUUCUGAACCUGAUAAGAAGCCGGAGGGGGUUCAGGGCACCUCCCUGUCAGCCUUGGCUUCGGUAGCAGAUCAGCCCCUGCCUGAGCCAGCCCUCCCCGAGCACAGUCCUGGUACCAAGGACAGCGGCCUGGAAACCGAAAGUAGCCAGUCAGGCCAAAGUUGUCUGUCUGCUUUGCAGAAUUCCAGUCUCCUGGAAUCAAGAGAAAUGUCACAACCAGCACUGCCUGACGUUUCCAAAGAGCUGCAUCCUCCUGAAGAUGAGGCUGGCAGUCCCUCAAGUUUGUUGAACUCGGAGCUGAGCAGUGGCGAUGACUUCGAGGCACAAGAAGAGCGCCCCUGCAUGAUCACCUCCACCGGGACUAACACCAACGAGCUCCUUGCCUUUGCCAGUUCCACCCUCCGCUCCGGUAGCCCGUCUGACCUGACGGCGGAUAAGUCCUCCUCCAGCCACUCGGAGGGCCCCAAGCUGAAGGAGCCAGAUAUCGAAGGGAAGUACCUGGGGAAGCUUGGUGUGUCAGGGAUGCUUGACCUCUCCGAGGAUGGGAUCGAUGCGGACGAGGAGGACGAGAACAGCGAUGACUCGGACGAGGACCUGCGGGCAUUCAACCUGCACAGCCUCAGCUCUGAGUCUGAGGAUGAGACUGAGCAUCCUGUCCCCGUGAUCCUCAGCAAUGAGGACGGGAGGCACCUGCGGAGUCUGUUGAAAACCCCUGCUGCUACUGCUGUUGACCAGCUACCAGAUGACUGGAAAAAAGAAAAGAAGGCAGUGACCUUUUUUGAUGAUGUCACCGUCUAUCUGUUUGACCAGGAGACCCCAACCAAAGAGCUGGGACACUGUGGAGCAGAAGCGCGUGGUCCCGAGCGGAGCAGCCCAGCACUGUCAUCUGGUUCCCCCUACCUGAGCAGGUGCAUAAAUUCCGAAAGUUCAACCGACGAAGAAGGUGGAGGCUUUGAAUGGGAUGACGACUUCUCCUCAGACCCUUUUAUGUCAAAGACAACGAGUAACCUUCUUAGUUCCAAGCCGUCUCUGCAGACUUCAAAGUACUUUUCUCCACCGCCACCGCCCCGGAGCACAGAGCAGAGCUGGGCCCACGCAGCGCCGUACUCCAGGUUUUCCAUCUCUCCUGCCAACAUCGCCAGCUUUUCUCUCACACACCUGACCGACUCGGACAUCGAGCCAGGAGGAAGCAGUGAAGAUGGAGAGAAAGACUAAGUGGAUGCUUCCCCGGGGCGGUGGCUCUGUGCUGCCUGUCGAGCAACGCCACCCAUGCGACAUCUGCUGAGACUCAGGAGGUGGAGAGGGAGCCGGCACUGGUGCCCACGCAGGAAGCCCGUCCGCGCAGGGAGCCGCGCUCCUGCAGCCGCUCUCACCCACUGGGGACACUCGGCUCCAGUCGUUCUCGGGGAGGGCCGGCCCUGCUCGGUCGUGGGCAGCUGUGGACUCCCGGUUGUUUCUGGUUUCCACGCAAGGUGUUCUCUGCGUCCACGUGUGCGUCCUGUCUGCGCACAGGGACCCAGAGGAUGCAUGAUGGGACUUGGCACCAGUGAGCCAUAUUUAUUAUUUUUAAAGAAAUCACGAAUUGCUUUCUGUAAUUGCACUGUGGAUAAAUGUUCUAAGAGUCCCUGAUACUGUACAGAAUCUUAAGUUAUUCAAGGAAAAUAAGGCUGGUCAAGCUGGUGCUACCCACUAGUUUGAUUUUUUUCUGUUGUAUAGUUUGUUUGCUCUGCAUGGUACUUGUAAAGCUGAAAAAUUUUGAGUGUUGUGCAGUCCUUAGAACUGUCGGAAUUGUACCUGCGGCUCUUCCGUGAACGACAGCGAUUCCGAGUGUCCGUGUCCUCACAGGGAGUAUUUUUGAUGGGUCUCAAAAGAUGGCUCUUUUGUCAAUGGACUGAAACCCAUGUUGUCUCUUCUUUAUGAGGUGGCUUCCCUGUAGUGGACGGGGCUUCUCUAGGAGUUGGGGGCCUUGCAGUCUCUCUGUGUGGCCCUCCUGCACCCCCCUUGGCAAAAAUCAGCAGGUGGCAACCCCAGAACUGAGCGGAGCGUGGCCCGGAGGCACUUCCCUCCAGGCUGCGAUGCCCUCCGCUCGACACCUUCUGCUUGAUUUUUAGAAGCGCGGACUGCUGUGGCUCCCUGUCCUUGGAACUCCUUCCUCAGAAAGGUGAGGGA